GCGGUGGAAACAAACCUGGCGUCCAAAGACAGCCACUGGGUGUUUGUGAACGAGGAAAUCAGCGACACAGAGAUCCUGGAGCUUACCCACAGUGCACUGGGCCGUAUGACGGUGAUUCGGCAGAUCUUCCCGCUGUGGAAGGACGGCAGCAGCCGCUGCAUGAGGCAGAACCAUCGGAUAUCGUCGCUGCUGUGCAACCCGCAGGAAGGAUACCUGCAGAACCUGGAGGUGUCCAACCUCUACCUGUACGACAGCGUGCUGAUGCUGGCCAACGCCUUCUACAGGAAGCUGGAGGACAGGAAGUGGCACAGUAUGGCGAGUCUCAACUGCAUCAGGAAGUCCACCAAGCCCUGGAACGGAGGCUGGUCCAUGCUGGAGACCAUCCAGAAGGGUAACAUCACCGGUCUGACGGGUACGAUGGAUUUUAAGGAAGGCGGCUCCAACUCCCACGUCCAGUUCGAGAUCCUGGGCUCCAGCUUCAGUGAGACCUUCGGCAAGGACAUCAAGAGG